AUGAAAACCUUGAAAAUCUCGAUUCUCGCCCUGGGGAUAAUGCUGCUGGCCGUGGCCUGCUCCGGCAGCGCGUCGGAAAGCGGAACCCAGCCGACCGAACCCGUCGACAGCAUCUACGAUUUCGAUAUUGCGCUCUACCAGGGCAGCGACGUGCUGGGGUCGGAGACGGUGGCGGUUUCCGACCUGCAGGGCCAGCCGGUGGUGCUGAACUUCUGGGCCGGCCUGUGUCCGCCCUGUCGGGCGGAGAUGCCGGAAUUCCAGGCCUUUGCCGACGAGUACGAGGGGCGGGCGCUGGUGCUCGGCGUGGACCUGGGGCAGUUUUUUGCCCUAGGUAGCGAGGAGGACGCCGUCACCCUCCUCAACGAAUUGGGGGUAACCUAUCCGGCCGGGGCGACGGGCGACGCGAACGUGGUGCGUGAGUUAGAGGUGUUGGGACUGCCCGCGACCUUCUUCAUCGCCGCGGACGGCAGCCUGCAUCGCAAGUGGCAGGGUGUCCUGAACGGCGACAAACUUGCGGAAAUCACCGACGAGAUGCUGGCACAGUAG